UAAUAAAAGCAGGAUAGAAAUUAGAAAUUUACAAACAAGAAAAGGAAAAAUGUAAGUGGAGGAGAAAGAAGAGUCCGACGAAGAAAAGAGUGAGGGAGUAUGGGGCAAAUCUCAAAAGCAUCGAACAUCUUCAACCUCUCCUCAACGAUAAGAGAAAUCUGAUUUCCCCACACUCACAUCCAAUCGUUUCCCCCUAUGCUCUUUACGUCCACAUCUUUCCCCCAUUCUUACCCACAUUUACUUAAACACCCUUCCCCACCAUCAAAACACAACUUCUGAGCGCCUCUCUCUUUGGGACAUCAUUUUCUAACGCGAUGGCUUCAGCCACCACUUCCACCACUCUCUCCCUCCUUAAAACCACCGCCUCCACCCCGACGUCCUCUGCCACGCGCACUCCUGCAACCCUCAUCCCUACGCGCCACCCCCACAAAUCCGUUUCUCUCCGUCAGAGCCUAGGCUUCUCCUCCGCUGCUUCUGGGGACUCUUUGCUUUCCCUUCAUGUCUCCUCCAAACUCCGAUCUUUCAAGGGAAAAGGAUCGAGAUUGGUUGUUUCAAUGGCGAAGAAGAGUGUUGGGGACUUGAGUGGAGCUGAUUUGAAAGGCAAGAAAGUGUUUGUGAGGGUUGACUUGAAUGUUCCAUUGGAUGAUAACCAGAACAUUACAGAUGACACCAGGGUUCGUGCUGCUGUUCCCACCAUCAAGCAUUUGAUUCAGAAUGGAGCUAAAGUCAUUCUCUCUAGCCACUUGGGACGGCCAAAGGGUGUUACUCCCAAAUUCAGCUUGGCUCCCCUUGUUCCCCGGCUCUCUGAACUACUUGGCAUUCAGGUUGUUAAGGCAGAUGACUGCAUUGGUCCGGAAGUAGAAAAGUUAGUUGCUUCACUUCCUGAAGGUGGUGUUCUUCUUCUUGAGAAUGUUAGAUUUUACAAGGAGGAAGAAAAGAAUGAACCUGAAUUUGCAAAGAAACUUGCCUCCAUAGCUGAUCUCUACGUUAAUGAUGCAUUUGGGACUGCACACAGAGCCCAUGCAUCAACUGAGGGUGUUACUAAAUUCUUGAAGCCAUCAGUUGCUGGUUUCCUUUUACAAAAGGAACUGGACUACCUUGUAGGUGCAGUUUCAAGCCCAAAAAGGCCAUUUGCUGCCAUUGUGGGUGGUUCUAAGGUCUCUUCCAAGAUUGGAGUCAUUGAAUCACUCCUCGAGAAAUGUGACAUUCUCCUUCUUGGUGGUGGUAUGAUUUUCACAUUUUACAAGGCACAAGGUCUAUCAGUUGGUUCAUCCCUGGUAGAGGACGAUAAGCUUGACCUUGCAACAUCACUCCUUGCUAAAGCCAAGGCAAAAGGAGUGUCUCUUUUGUUACCCACUGACGUGGUUGUUGCAGACAAGUUCGCCCCUGAUGCAAACAGCCAGAUUGUGCCAGCAUCUGCCAUCCGUGAUGGCUGGAUGGGAUUGGAUAUUGGACCAGAUUCUAUUAAGACCUUCAAUGAAGCUUUGGAUACUACUCAAACCAUCAUCUGGAACGGACCGAUGGGAGUGUUUGAAUUUGAAAAGUUUGCCACUGGGACAGAGGCUAUUGCAAAGAAGCUAGCAGAACUUAGUGGCAAGGGAGUGACAACAAUCAUUGGAGGUGGAGACUCUGUUGCUGCUGUAGAAAAAGUUGGAGUUGCUAGCGUGAUGAGCCACAUAUCAACUGGGGGUGGUGCUAGUUUGGAAUUGUUGGAAGGGAAGGAGCUUCCGGGUGUCGUUGCCCUGGAUGAAGCUAUCCCAGUUGCUGUGUAAGAUCAAAUCAAUUUUCCCCAUCGUCACUGUUUAGUGAUUUAUUCGGUUUUGUAAUCAAGAAAUGAAAUGUUUUAGGAAGAAAUGAGUAAUUAAUGUGAAUGUACACAUUACUUCAAUAGAAGGGCCCAUUUCUGCCUCUUCCUUUCUUGCUCCUUCCUAAAAAGUUGCCAGAAGAGUGUUAUGAAUGGGCAGACAGAACCUUGUGAACGAUUUCAAAUAAAUUGGUUCAUUUUUAUCAAAA